CGCUCCACCAUGCCCGACUCACCUGCGGAUGUCAAAACACAAUCCAGGUUGACCCCGCCCACCAUGCCGCCCCCGCCCACCACGCAAGGAGCCCCCCGAAACAGCUCCUACACGCCCACCACUCUGACCAACGGCAGCAGCAGCCACUCUCCCACGGCGCUAAAUGGUGCGCCGUCGCCACCCAACGGUUACGGCAAUGGCCCCGGCUCGUCGUCACUGGCCAAUCAGCAGCUUCCGCCGGCAUGCGGCGCGCGGCAGUUGAGCAAGCUCAAGCGCUUUCUGACUACCUUGCAGCAAUUCGGAAACGACAUCUCGCCCGAGAUCGGAGAACGCGUGCGCACGCUGGUCCUGGGCUUGGUGAAUUCCACGCUAACCAUCGAGGAGUUCCACUGCAAACUUCACGAAGCCACCAACUUCCCCCUGCGACCUUUUGUCAUCCCCUUCCUCAAGGCCAAUUUGCCGCUCCUGCAACGGGAGCUCCUUCACUGCGCCCGCCUGGCCAAACAGAACCCGGCUCAGUACCUGGCCCAGCACGAGCAACUCCUGCUGGACACCAGCACGUCGUCGCCCGUCGACUCUUCUGAGCUCCUCCUGGACGUCAACGACAACGGCAAGAGGCGAACGCCUGACAGAACCAAAGAAAACGGCUUUGAGCGAGAGGGCGCCCCUCACGGUCCAGACGCGCACCCCAGCAAGCGUGCGUGCACCAUCAGCCCCGGGCAACGCUUCAGCCCGUCCAACGGCAUCUCGUACCAGCCCAACGGCCUGAGCCACCCGGGCGGCCCCGUCCCGCCGCCGCAGCACUACCGGCUGGACGACAUGGCCGUCGCCCACCACCAUUACCGUGACACUUACCGCCACCCGCCUGCCAAUCACAGGGAGAUCCGGGAGAGGGCCCGCCCCAUCGGCAUGCACUCAGGAGGCCGCCAGGAGGAGGUGAUCGACCACCGGCUGACGGAGCGCGAGUGGGCCGAGGAGUGGAAGCACCUUGACCAUCUACUCAAUUGCAUCAUGGACAUGGUGGAGAAGACGCGGCGCUCGUUGACGGUGCUCCGCCGCUGUCAGGAGGCCGACCGCGAGGAGCUCAACUACUGGAUCCGACGCUACAGCGACGCCGAGGAGCUGAAAAAGAGCGCCGCAGCCGCUGCUGCCGCAAGUCAAUCCAGGCAGCAGAGCCCCGCUGCACAAGACAACGCCACAUCGGACAUCCACAGGGAGCUCCUACAUCGGCCUGGUUCUGGCUACGUCCCUGAAGAAAUCUGGAAGAAAGCUGAGGAGGCGGUGAACGAGGUGAAGCGGCAAGCCGUGUCGGAGUUGCAGAAGGCCGUGUCGGAGGCCGAGCGCAAGGCCCACGACAUGAUCAGCAGCGAGCGCGCCAAAAUGGAGCGUACCGUCGCCGAGGUCAAGCGGCAGGCCGCCGAAGAUGCGCUCUCUAUCAUCAACCAGCAGGAGGACUCCAGCGAGAGCUGCUGGAACUGCGGCCGCAAAGCCAGCGAGACGUGCAGCGGCUGCAACACGGCUCGUUACUGCGGCUCCUUCUGCCAGCACAAAGACUGGGAGAAGCACCACCACGUGUGCGGGCAGACUCUGCAAGCCCAGCCGCCGCCGCCCUCGCAGCCGGCGCCGCCUGCCCCCGAGGCCCCCGCCCCGGUCAGUUCAUCGGCGUGCACCCCCAGCAGCUGCGCCGGCAGUCCGGCCCCAACCCCGCCGGCGGCGGCCCCCGGGUCAUCCGCGCCUGGCACCCCGUCGUCGUCCUCCGCCCCGGACGCCCACUAG